GCAUGUUCAAUCUUGUUGGAUCUGUAGUCAUUGAUUCUAUGUAUGUAUCUUAACCUACAUGAGUUGCAGACGCCGAUCAAAUACAAUUGUUUUCCACAAAAAGUAUUAUUAAGUAUUGUAGAUAUAUUAUAUCUCAUUUAGUUUAAACAAUUAUUUAAUGGCAAUGGAUAUUCGACCGAAUAAUACAAUAUAUAUUAACAAUUUAAAUGAGAAGAUAAAAAAGGAUGAACUAAAGAAGUCUUUAUAUGCAAUUUUCUCUCAAUUUGGUCAAAUUUUAGAUAUUGUAGCACUAAAAACAUUAAAAAUGCGUGGACAAGCAUUUGUUAUUUUUAAGGAAAUUGCUAGUGCCACAAAUGCUUUAAGGUCAAUGCAAGGAUUUCCAUUUUAUGACAAACCAAUGAGGAUACAAUAUGCAAAGACUGAUAGCGAUAUAAUUGCAAAAAUGAAAGGCACCUACGCGGAACGACCGAAGAAACCAAAACGGGUUGUACCCGCAGCCGAUGAAGAAGCUAAGCGUGCUAAGAAACGUGCCAAAGAACAAGCUAAGCAUUCUCAACAAAUUAGUUAUCAUGCCGGUGUACCGCAGCAUCCAGGUUUAGUUAAUGCUGCCGUACCGGAGCAACCACCUAAUCAAAUCCUGUUCCUUACGAAUCUACCAGAUGAAACUAGUGAAAUGAUGUUAUCUAUGCUUUUCAAUCAAUUUCCUGGUUUCAAAGAAGUACGUUUGGUACCAAAUAGGCACGAUAUUGCAUUCGUUGAGUUUGAGAAUGAAGUUCAGUCGGGAGCUGCGAAAGAUGCUCUUCAAGGAUUCAAAAUUACACCUUCCCAUGCGAUGAAAAUAUCAUUUGCAAAGAAAUAAAACAUGCAAUAUUUUGAUUUGUAUAAAGUUAUUGUUAAAAAAA